AGUGAAUGCAGGUUCUAGGGAGAGCAGAUAUAGUGAAUGCGGGGUCCGGGGAGAGCAGAUAUAGUAAAUGCAGGGUCCGGGGAGACCAGAUAUAGUGAAUGCAGGUUCUAGGGAGAGCAGAUAUAGUGAAUGCGGGGUCCGGGGAGAGCGGAUAUAGUGAAUGCAGGUUCCAGGGAGAGCGGAUAUAGUGAAUGCAGGGUCCGGGGAGACCAGAUAUAGUGAAUGCAGGUUCCAGGGAGAGCGGAUAUAGUGAAUGCCGGGUCCGGGGAGAGCGGAUAUAGUGAAUGCGGGGUCCGGGGAGAGCAGAUAUAUUGAAUGCGGGGUCUGGGGAGAGCGGAUAUAUUGAAUGUGGGGUCCAGGGAGAGCGGAUACAGUGAAUGCAGGGUCCAGGGAGACCAGAUAUAGUGAAUGCAGGGACCUGGGAACAGCCCCAAAGAAGGGGGAAGGAUACGCGGAGUAUAAAGGCCAGGUAGCUGCCCGAAUAAAGACCGUGGAGAAAGAGGAGGCCAAGCUGGUCAAAUUGAGCAUGGAGCUCAAGAAGAUGCGCUCCAGUUAUGAUCGGGUCUGGAGCUCAAAAAGACAGGCCAUGAAGCCUGGUCUGGAG